GGUCUAGGGUGAAGCUGGGGGGACUCCAUUGUUCACAAAGCACAGAGUUGCGGGGCAGGCAAGCUGACGCUUCAGGGAAUUGCUUCACUUUGCCCCCUCCCCUUCUAGGGACCCUGGCACUCCCCCCACCUCACCUCAAAGGCUCCCAGGGAUCAUGUGGGGUUGGGGUGACUCAGCUGGGGUGGGGAGGGGGUCACUGGGAUGGCCUUAUGUGUCCCCCCCCCCAAAUGCACAAACAUGCAGGUAUCCUACUCACAGCAGGUAUCCUACUCACAUUUGAUUGAGAGUUCCUGCAUGGCAGAAGGGGAGUUGGACUGGAUCAGGGCCCUUCUUGGGGUCCCUUCCAACUCUAGGAUUCUAUGAUUCUUUCUUUUCCCAGGCUCCCUCCGCCAUGGAGACCCCCACCACUGGAGCUACGCAGGUAAGGUCCCACUUCAGGACACCCUCUUCUUUCUCUCACUCUCUCUCUAUGCUUUGGACCUCAUCCAGGUAGGUUGCAGCACCACAGGUGAGGCCUUAAGGUUUGACCUUCCCACCCCACAGGCCUCUAUUCUCCAGGGACAUCCCUGUGUCCCCCGCCUGAGAAACUGCAGGGCCAUGAGUCCCCUCCUUGCCCCUUUCUUGCCCCCAGGGACACCCAACCCCCCCUCAACUCUGUCUCCUCAGGCAGAUAAACAAGGGGGGCUAUCCUUGCCCUGGGCCCCUCCUGCAGGCAUGGCAAUGGCGGGGGGGGGGGGACACUUCCUGGCCACUGCCCCUCUCUGGGUCACCCCUGCAGGGUUAUUGCUCUCUGGCACAACACCAGCCAUGGAAGUAGUAUAAAGGGCAUACUUCUCAUCAAACUCAAAAGCAACAGGUGCCCCGCCUCCCUUUGGGUGUUAGUCCCACUUCCUUGAUGUGGGGGUUCUAGGUUUGGGGGGGUGUCAACAUUUUUAGGGUGCUACCUUUGGGGGUUCUAGGUUUUUAAGGAGUGCUGACUUUGAGAGUUUCUAGAUUUGGGGGCGCUAACUUUUGGGUUCCAUAGGAAUCUCCUUUGAACCCCAAGAGGUUGGCCAUUUUGGUUUGCGUCUUUUGGGGGUGCUUGUGACUCCUCUCCGAACUUGUCUCAAAACGGCCGACCACUAGGAACAGGUUCCAUCCCUGUCAGAUCAACAGUGUAGCAUCAGUGCAUGUUUGAAGGUCAACCGGUGGCCAUUUUGAUUGUGCAAAAGAAAGAUUUCAGGGUAUGUAUGACCCCUCUCUGAACUCGACUCAGGACCCAUUCUUGUCAGAUCAAUGCCGUAGCUUCGACAUGGGUUUGUAGGUGACGCGCGGCAGCCAUUUUAUUUGCACAAAAGAAAUGGGACCUGUUCCUAGUGGUUGGUCCCCACCUGUCAGUUUUGAUUUUGAUGAGAAGUAUGCCCUUGAUACUACUCAGGGAGGCCAGGUGGCCCUCUGCCCUGCUGGGAACUUUCUGCAAGAGCCAGACAGUCACCUUGGAGGGGGGGGGAUCCAGGGGGGCAGAAGGUGAUGGUCAAGACCUGGGUCACACUGUUGGACAGGUGGGAAAGUGUGUGUGGACCCCUCCUUGGGGGUCUUUUCCUUCCCGCCCCCCACCUGUGUCCAAUGGACCCCCGUCCUUCAGCAGGUGCUCGCCCAUUACCCUUUCUGCUUCCAGACAAAGCCGAGUGGAGCUCCGGGUUCCCCCUUUGCGGGGGGCACAUGCAGUCCCCCAUUGACAUUGAGAUGGGGGCCACCCUCUACAGCCCCCACCUGACCCCUGUCCAGCUGUCCGGCUACAACUUGCCCCAUGGAGAAAGGUUGCGCCUGAAGAACAACGGCCACACAAUCGUCCUAGACCUUCCCGGGAACAUGUCAGUGUCCGGCGGAGGCUUCCCGUUUCCGUACCAGGCGGCCCAGCUGCACCUGCACUGGGGGUCCAAGCAUGCCCUGGAGGGCUCUGAGCACACAGUGGACGGCCAUCGCUUUGCCGGGGAGCUCCAUGUGGUCCACUACAACACCCACUUUGGCACCAUCAAGGAAGCCGCCCGGGAGCCCGGAGGUUUGGCAGUGCUAGCGGCGUUUCUUCAGGUUGGGUCGGAGGAGAACGAGUCCUACCAACACAUCCUGGAGCAUCUAGAAGACAUCCGUGAGGAAGGGGAGGAAACAUUCAUCAACGGCUUUGACAUCGCCCAGCUGCUCCCCCAGGACCUCGGGCGCUUCUUCCGCUACAACGGCUCCCUGACCACUCCGCCUUGCUUCCAGACCGUCAACUGGACUAUCUUCAACCAGACUCUCCGACUCUCCCCGGAGCAGAUCUCGGUCCUGGAGGACACCAUCCAAGGAGAUGAGGACCAGCCCCUCCAGAGCAACUUCCGCCUCCCACAAAGUCUCCACGGCCGGACUGUCCUGGCCAGCUUCCCUUUGGCCCCAACGGCCAGAAGGGCCCCGCUGCCCGGUCAGGGGGCUCCCCCCAGCACCCCAAUUCCCCAUGGACCCCCAGAGGAGGGAGACGGAGGACCACCCCCUGGAGAAGGUGAAGAACAGCCCCCCAGCCCCCCAGAAGAGGCAACAGGGGGAGACCCCAGUCCUGCAUCAGAGGAAGGUGCGAACCACUCCUUGGGUUCAGGGGCUGCUGAGCAGACGACGGGGUCCUCACUUCAAAGAGGAGACAUCCUGGCCAUCCUCUUCGGAUGCCUCUUUGGCCUCACGGCGCUGGCCUUCCUCUGCUACAUCCGCAAGCACCCCAAGAACCAGGAGAAGCAAAGGCUGGCCACUCCACCUGGGAAGUCCGGAGCCAUUUACACUCCAGCCGCCUCCACAGAGGAGAAUGCCGUUUAGGCCGCGGGGAGUGACGCCUGACACUGGUGGCAUCCUGCCACGUCCCGUCCUUCUUCCCCCAAGACCCCCCCCUCAAGACAAGAGUGGCAUGGCCAGGGCCCAGCUGUUCCCACACAG